CCAGGGCCCGCGGCUCCGCAGGGCUGCUGCCGUUGCUGCUGUUGAGAGGCGGCGGCAGCGGCGCAGGCUGGGGGGCAGGUGGGAAGCAUGGUGUUUCUGUGGCCAGAGUGGCGGGUGCGGACCAGGAGCCAGGCCGCGGUUUGGCUGAAGCGACGUGCGCUCAGGAGCCACCAGCGCGGGUGCCGCUGAGGCGGCGGAGAGAGGCAGGACCAACUGCCUAACUGACGGACCGAAGGCGACGGGAGAGCCGGCCCCGGGGCCGCGCUGCGGGCGAGAUGCCGGGGUCGCCGGCGUGGCUGCCGUUGCUGCUGCUGCCGCUCCUGACCGCCGGCGGUGCCCGGGCCGCGCCACUUCCGCAAACAGGUGCAGGGGUGGCACCUGCUGCAGAAGUUUCUUCAUCUUUUGUGAUCCUGUCUUUGUGCAGUUUAUUGCUAUUAGUUGUGUUAAUUGCCAACUGUGUAUCCUGCUGCAAGGACCCAGAAAUAGACUUUAAGGAAUUUGAAGAUAAUUUUGAUGAUGAGAUAGAUUUCACACCACCAGCAGAAGAUACUCCCUCUGUUCAGUCUCCAGCAGAAGUUUUCACACUUUCAGUACCAAAUAUUUCACUACCAGCUCCAUCACAAUUCCAGCCUUCUGUAGAAGGUUUGAAGUCUCAAGUUGCCCGCCACAGUCUGAACUAUAUACAGGAAAUUGGAAAUGGCUGGUUUGGAAAGGUCCUCCUUGGAGAAAUUUACACAGGCACUAGUGUAGCAAGAGUAAUAGUGAAGGAAUUAAAAGCAAGUGCAAGCCCAAAGGAACAAGACACCUUUUUGAAGAAUGGAGAACCUUACUAUGUUCUUCAGCAUCCAAAUAUUCUUCAGUGUGUUGGACAGUGUGUUGAAGCAAUUCCUUAUCUUUUGGUGUUUGAGUUCUGUGACUUGGGUGAUCUAAAAGCUUACCUGCGCAACGAGCACGAGCACCUGAGGGGGGACUCGCAGACAAUGCUGCUGCAGCGGAUGGCAUGUGAGAUCGCGGCAGGGCUGGCUGCCAUGCACAAGCUGCACUUCCUGCACAGUGACUUGGCCCUGCGAAAUUGUUUUCUUACCUCGGAUUUAAAUGUGAAAGUGGGAGAUUAUGGAAUAGGAUUCAGCAGGUACAAGGAGGAUUAUAUUGAAACAGAUGAUAAAAAAAAUUUCCCUCUGCGAUGGACUGCUCCAGAAUUAGUAACCAGCUUUCAAGACAGACUACUAACUGCAGAUCAAACUAAGUAUAGUAAUAUCUGGUCCCUGGGUGUGACGCUUUGGGAGCUUUUUGAUAAUGCUGCUCAGCCUUAUUCCAACCUUUCCAACUUAGAUGUCCUCAAUCAGGUGAUCCGAGAGAGAGACACCAAACUACCUAAGCCCCAGCUGGAGCAGCCUUAUUCUGAUAGAUGGUAUGAAGUUUUACAGUUCUGCUGGCUGUCACCAGACAAGAGACCAGCUGCUGAAGACGUGCAUAGGCUGCUUACCUACCUACGCAUGCAAAGCCAGAGGGACUCAGAAGUUGACUUUGAACAACAGUGGAAUGCUCUUAAACCAAAUACAAAUAGCAGAGACACUUCCAAUAAUGCUGCAUUCCCAAUUCUCGACCAUUUUACCAGAGAUCGCCUUGGUCGUGAAAUGGAGGAAGUCCUCACUGUGACUGAAACGAGCCAGGGCCUGAGCUUCGAGUAUGUUUGGGAGGCUGCUAAGCAUGACCAUUUUGAUGAGCACAGUCGGGGCCACCCAGAGGAAGCCUUGUCCUACACAAGCAUCUUCUUCCCAGUUGAAGUCUUUGAGAGUUCACUUUCAGAUCCUGGGCCUGGGAAACAAGAUGGCAGUGGCCAGGAUGUUUCGCUUAGGGCCCCUGGAGUGGUUCCGGUAUUUGAUGCUCACAACCUUUCUGUUGGCAGUGACUAUUACAUCCAAUUAGAAGAAAAGAGUGGUAGCAAUUUGGAGCUUGAUUACCCGCCUGCACUGCUCACGACUGAAAUGGACAAUCCAGAAAGGACGAGUGAUAAGGCAUCCCAGUCGCUUGCUCUCAGGAAUCUUGAAUUUGAGGAGUCUAGUACAGAUGAGGAUUUCUUCCAAAACAGUGUAGACCCCAAAGAUUCCAGCAUGCCUGAGGUUGUACAUGCCACCAGGGGACCUGAGAGCCCUUUCAACAAUAUAUUUAAUGAUCUUGACAAAUCAGAGGAUUUGCCCAGUCACCAAAAAAUAUUUGAUUUAAUGGAAUUAAAUGGAGUUCAAGCUGACUUUAAGCCAACCACUUUAAGUUCAAGUUUGGAUGAUCCCAAAGAGUCAGCAAUAACAUACCACUUUGAGAAGGAAAAACCCCAUAAGCUUUUUGAUUGUGAGCCUCUUUGCUUAACAGAAAACCUUAUGCACCAAGAUAACUUUGACCCACAGAAAAUUCAGGAAUUGUCGGAAAACUUUUUAUUUCUUCAAGAGAAAAAAUUACUAAAAGAUUCAUUGGAACAUGUAAAUGAUCUUCAAACAGAACUUAAAAAUGCUGGUUUUACUGAAACUAUAUUAGAAACUCCGUGUAGAAACUCUUUAACCACUGAGUUUAAAUUUGCUGAAAAUAUACCAGAUAUUUCUUUGUUGCAGGAAAAUGUAAGUGUGAAAGGUAAAGAUGCAGGGGUCAUGCUUGAGGACAGCACCUCGACUACCUCCUUGCAGGCUUCCCUGGAAGUGCAGGUGCCCCCUACCUCACUCAAAACAGAAGGAACGCUUCAUAAUGUACCUCCAGAUAUGUUCCUGAAGCAAGGAGAAACCAAGCCCACUUGUUUAGAUGUCGGUGUCCAUGAAGACCGCCUCUGCCAAGAAACAAGUCCAGACUCUGUGACCAUCCCAACUGAAGUUCCCUCGACUGAUGCUGGAACACAUGGCACUGGAGACAGGUCCCAUGGCUUGACUCACCACUGUGAGGAAACCCUGAGAUGGACUGAAACUGACUCACUUCUUGUUGAUGACAUUUUUGCCAGUAAGGUGAGUAUAGGGAGCAGUCUUCCAGAACCGAGACAGGACUCACAAAAUCAGUCACUUACAGAAAAUCACUCCAGUAAUAGUCUGCUGGAGAAAAACUUGGAAGCUGUGGAGACGCUGAAUCAUCUGAAUUUUAAAGAUGCUACAAAAGAGACGGGCUUGACAUCUGCCCUUUCCUCAGACUCCACCAGUCAAGAUAGCCUUUUAGAAGACAGCUUAUCAACACCUAUUCCGACUUCGGAACAGUCUGUGGAGACCCCCGACUCUCUGGAUUCAGUGGAUGUUCGUGAAGUUUUAUUGGGGUCUUUGGGCACUCACACUCCUCAGAAACUCCUGCCCCCUGACAAGCCUGCAGACAGUGGCUACGAGACGGAAAACCUGGAGUCUCCUGAAUGGACUCUGCACCCUGCUCCCGAUGGAGCCUCAGCCUCAGCCUCUGACUCAGCCACAGCCCAUGAUUGUGGUCCUGACAGUUUACCUCCCAACCCCAUUAUUGUCAUCUCAGAUGCAGCUGAUGGCCAUAGAGGUACAGAAGUGACCUCACAGACUUUUCCACUUGGUUCCCAGAGCUCCUACCGAGACUCUGCUUAUUUCUCAGAUAAUGAUUCUGAACCUGAUAAGAAGUCCGAGGGUGUCCCGGCAACUUCAGCAUCAGCCUCAGAGUUGGUAACGGAUCAGGCCCUACCUGAACCAGUCAUCCUAGAACAGAGCCUGGAAACCAAAAAUAGUCUUCCAGACCAAAGUUGUCAGUCUGCUUUGCAGAAUUCCAGUCACCUAGAGUUAGGAGAAACAGCAGAACCAGCACCCACUGACAUUUCUAAACAGACACAUCCUCCUGAAGAUGUGGCGGGAAGUCCGUUGUUGAACUUGGAGCUGAGCAGCGGUGAGGACUUGGAGGCACAAGAGGAUCACCCCUGCAUGCUGGCCUCCACUGGAACCAACACUAAUGAACUCCUUGCCUUUGCAAAUUCCACCCUCCACUCUGGUAGCCCAGCAGACCUGAUAGCUGAUAAGUCCUUUUCCAGCCACUCUGAGGGCCCCAAGUUGAAGGAACCAGACAUUGAAGGGAAAUACUUGGGAAAACUUGGUGUGUCAGGGACGCUUGAUCUCUCUGAGGAUGGAAUCGAUGCAGAUGAGGAAGAUGAAAACAGCGAUGACUCAGACGACGACCUGCGGGCGUUCAAUCUUCACAGCCUCAGCUCUGAGUCAGAGGACGAGACGGAGCACCCUGUGCCUGUGAUCCUCAGCAACGAGGAUGGGAGGCACCUACGGAGCCUGUUGAAACCCUCAGCCUCUGUUGCCCUCGACCAGUUGCCCGAAGACUGGAAAAAAGAAAAGAAAGCUGUGACAUUUUUUGAUGAUGUCACGGUUUAUCUGUUUGACCAGGAGACCCCAACCAAGGAGCUGGGGCACUGCGGAGGAGAAGCUCACAGUCCUGAGCAAAGCAGCACAGCACCAUCAUCAGGUUCUCCCUACCUGAGCAGGUGCAUAAAUUCUGAAAGUUCAACUGAUGAAGAAGGUGGAGGCUUUGAAUGGGAUGAUGACUUCUCCCCAGAUCCUUUUAUGUCAAAGACAACAAGUAAUCUUCUUAGUUCCAAGCCUUCACUUCAAACAUCAAAGUAUUUUUCUCCUCCGCCACCCCCCCGGAGUGCAGAGCAGAGCUGGCCUCACGCGUCUCCAUAUUCCAGAUUCUCCAUCUCUCCUGCCAACAUCGCCAGCCUCUCUCUCACACACCUCACCGACUCUGACAUCGAGCAAGGAGGAAGCAGUGAAGAUGGAGAAAAAGAUUAGGUGGGUGCUCAUGCACUCUUGGGGUCCCUGGCUGCUCCCCCUCCCAGUGGCGUUCCUGCGCUGCCAGCCAAGCAACGACAUGCACUCGCCAUCUGCCGAGACCGGACAGAGAGCGACUCAGGAGAUGGAGGGGAGUGGCGCUGGGUCAGGUGCCCAAGUAGGAGGCCUGGCUGAAGGCACGUCCGGCCACGCAGUCUGCCACCUGCACAGCGAACCUCCCACCCGGGGAAGUGCCCACGCUCGGGCAUCUGGGGUGGCGCCUGCCUCGCUCUGGCAUGUGCGGACUGCAGGCUCGGAACUGUAUCUGGUUUCCACACCGGCUGUUCUCUGUGUCCACGUUGUGCAUCCUGGUCUGUGCACGGCCCGGAGGACGCAUGAUGGACUGGGCACCAGUGAGCCAUAUUUAUUGUUUUCAAAGAAAUCACUAAUUGCUUUCUGUAAUUGCACUGUGGAUAAAUGUUCUAAGAGUCCCUGAUAUUGUACAGAAUCUUAAAUUAUUCAAGGAAACUAAGGCAGGUCAAGCUGGUGCUAUCCACUAGUUUGAUUUUUUUUUUCUGUUUUAUAGUUUGUUUGCUCUGCAUGGUACUUGUAAAGCUUAAAUAUUUUGAGUGUUAUGCUGUCUCUAGAGUUGCUGGAAUUGUACAUAUGGUACUCUUUCGCAAAUGAUAAAUGAUUCCGAAUAUUAGUGUUUUAUGUUCUUAUAGGAAAUAUUUUUGAUGAGUCCAAAAAGGUUGCUCUGUUUUGUCAAUUGGAUGAAAUACAUUUUUGUCUUUUCUCUCCAAGGCAGGUUCCCUAUAGCAAAUGAGGCUUCUCUGAGGAGCUGAAGGGUCUUGCAGCCCCUCUGUGUGAUUCUUCUAUCCACCCCCCAAUUUUCUAAAACUCUUAAUCAGUAGGCAGUGGGCCCCAGAACUUAGCUGUGAGUUAGAAUGUGGGAUCCCCUGAUUUCUCUCCCUGGGGACCCAAGCACCCUUUGUCUCCCUGCUGGCCUCUGGCAAAGGAAGUGGCCCCCAAGUCACUUCCCCUUAAAGCCGGUUCUUAAAGCAUGGACCCUGUGGCCUCAGUGUCCUUGCACCUCCUUCCAUCUAGCAGGUAGAGAAGUCCGAGGAAGAUGUUCCAGGGAGCGCUCUGGUAGCCGCGGAGGGACGGUUUGAAAUCUAUUUACACAGUUUGGGUGUUGAGCUCUUAAAUAACCUCCGUGGUUUUCCCCUCAGAAUCACGCCAAGUCCCCCUAUGUCCAGGUGUGACUGGUUUGUUACCAUGGAGAUACACUAGCGCCUACAGCUGUGGAUAAGGACAAUGGUGGUGCCUCCACAGCUGGCUUGUUCUCCUGGUCAGGACCUUGGGCGGCCAUCAUAUCCACACACUGCCCACACCAUCUGCACUAACCUUCCCCUCUGCAUUAAGCACCAAGUGUUUUCCCUUGCUUUGAAAGUGACCAAGCUUGUCUGGCAUGGCUGCACAAUGCUGACAGGAAUCAGGUGUUCAUAAUAAAAAGCAGACCUCAUUCUGCAGUCCUUGAGUUCCACUUUGACAUCAGGAAGUUUCCAGGGGCUAGAGCAGCUUAGUGGCACUGUGCUGAGGAGGCUUGCAUGUCUGUCAUGAAGCCGUUUGUUCUAGGUGCAGCCUCACGUUUGUGGUCCCCACACCCUGAACCUUUAUCCCAAUGUUUUCCGGUGCUGAUUUGCUUUCCUGACUGGAGUGUAACUCUAGGAUGACUCCCCAGGCCCAGGUAGGAGCACGUGAUUGUAAGUCACAGGAACUCGGGUCUUAGUGCAAUUUACAAAUGAAUAUACUGGCUAGAGUUUGCGAGCAAAUGAUGACCUUUAUUAUCCAUCCAUUCCACUAACUUUUUACAUAGCAAUAACUUUACAGACAAGAAAAUUCAGAAUGGAGAGAGUCCCCUGUCACGGCUGGGACAGCAGUGCCAGAGAGCUGGACUUAGUGAUGUGCAUAUUGAAAAAGUCAACCAAGCAUUAGAAAAAGAAAGUCAACAGGGCAUUGCCAAAAUUGUCAUAACUCUGAAUUUCUUGCUAAGGAGACUUUGUGAGUUUUCUGAAUUUUUACAGCUAACUACCAGUCUUGGUUGAAAAGGAAAUGAGAAGCAAUUACAGUAGUGUUUCAAAUUACAGGUUUCAGGAGUUCAGAUUUAAUGAUUAAAAUCAAGCAGAUCUACAGGAUAUAUAGUCUUCUUACACAGUCAGCCUGAGGUAAAUGUGUUGGUCUUUUGGGGCUGUACAUUUUUCACUAUAUUUAAGGAGAUUUUAACAGCAUAACUCCCAUUUUAAUUUGUCUUUAUCACUCUCAUAAUUAAUUGCCAAAAGAAAGCAUUUUAUACAUUGAGUUGGGGGGUGGGGCUGGAGUAGUAGAUAUUACUGUGAUGUUGCAUGGUAGGGAAGGUUUUAUAUUUAUAAUAAACAUGUGCGUUAACAUGUUCUUUUGAAAUCACAAGCAAUACACAGGAAAUAAAUUAUGUAAAUUAAAAUUUUCAGCCCAUUUUUGAAAUGUCAGCAUGUGCUUUGUUGUUUGAUUCGUUUUUAUUUUUUUACUAAGUUGGUUACCAGUAGUGGAUUUCAAGCUGUACUUGUUCUCAUGAGUUAUGCAAUGAAAUAAAUCAGUGAAAUUCUCUAGAUAAUCUGGGUAAGGUUUAUAAUAACUCAGUGAUCCUUCAGGCCUUCUUUGGAAUCUAUCAGAUUUUCAUUAGUCUUACUUUGGUGGAGUUUACCUAUUUUAAAUUCUAUGAUAAAUGUAAUCUAACUUUCAUUUCCUUACUAGCUAGAUGGUAAUAUCAAAUGACCCUGUGAUAAACCAGAAAGAGAAAUAUAGAAAAAGUGCUCUCCGAAUCUGAGACUUAGACUGUGCUGGGUAAGACGCCAUUCAUCUUGAGGGAGAAGCUCCAUAAACUAAAAACAGAACAUUCAUUCUGUUUUUAAAUGUACAGGCAAUUGUUUCUAUAGAAAUGGGUUUAUCUAAGCAAAAUAUUUGUCUUGCUGCCUUCAAAAGCCUGUCAAAACCUCUUCCUUUCAUAGACAUUUCCCAGAGGGUAUUUGUAGGGUGAAAGACUUACUGCUAUCUGUCCUGAGGGCUGGGGCACAAAGGCGGUGGCUCCUAGCUUGACUCUGUUCAGCCCCUUACCCGAAAAUUCCAAAAGCAACCAAGUGUUAGGCUCCAAAUGUUGGGCUUCAUGAAGUUACAGGGGCUUCAAGAUACUUGCCUUAAAAUAAGAGCAGGUGUAGGCACGUACUUCAGAUUUAAAUCUGAAAGACAAUAUUUGUAAGUGGCACUGGAUCUGGCUCAAGUUCUGGUUGUUAAAGAAAAUUCUCUUUAGGAUAUAAGUAAAUUGUUAAAAGACAUGUUACCAGUAUUGCAUUACCAACAACCUGUUAUUUGAACGGCUUGAACACGUGCUGUUCAGGUUGUUCAAGUCCACGCAGGCUUAGCUAGAUCUUAAUAAUAGACUGGUGUGUGUAUCCAGUGUUUGAAUCCUAUCCAAAAAUGAAGAUCUAUGGGGCAGUCACACCUAUGAGGUUCCCAUGUUGCAUUUUAACAGUUGUAAGAGGUUCACGGCAAUACAACAGUUAAUGAACUUUCAGUUUAAAUUGUGUACAUUUUUAAAUUGUAAGAUUUUUACUGUAUAUUGAUGCAUAGUGUGAUUCAAUAAAUUGCUUGUAAUUUAAA